CCGUCUGCAUCUUAAGCCAUUAAGAUGAAUUAACAUCAACUGGAAGUUGAUCCGGGAGAGAGUUGAGUUCGAAGCUGAAAAAAAGGAAAAAAGAAAAAAAGAGUCAAGAACUCUUUUGAGUGUUGGUUUUUCCUUCACGUUUUGGCCUCAUUUUCCUUGGAAACAAACACAAAUAUCAUCUUUCGUCUUCCUCAUUUGUCUACCCACAAAACCCAUAAACUCAACUUACUAAUCAUCCUCCAUAUCACAUCAAGAUCCAAUGGAUUUUCUCGAACUGGAAGCGAUCGAGGGUCUGCGAUGGUCAUGGAACUCAUGGCCGACCACCAAAGCAGAUUCCCAAUCCCUUAUCGUCCCUCUAAGCAUCAUGUGCACCCCACUUAUGGAAUCCUCCGAGCUCCCGAUCCUCCCUUACGACCCCAUCAUCUGCGCCCGAUGCGGCGCCGUUUUGAACCCUUACGCCCGACUAGACUACCAGUCCCGCAUAUGGGGUUGUCCUUUCUGCUUCCAUAAAAACAUCUUUCCUCGUUCUUACUCAGAAAUUGCAGAGACCAACUUACCUGCCGAGCUUUUUCCCACUCACAGUUCUGUCGAAUACGCUCCCGCUCAAAAAAUAGCCAGCCCGCGGGGGAAUUUGGCGGCCGGUUGGGCCAAUGGAGUUAAUAGGUUUUCGUCUAAUUCGUUGUCGUCCAUGGUGUCUCCUAGGGGCUCGUUUUCGUCUCUGUCUGGUGGUAGUGGCGGUCCUGCCGAGUUCGGGCCAGCAUUCGUGUUUGUGGUGGACGCGUGUAUGGAAGAAGAAGAACUGAGGUCUGUGAAGAACGAGCUGCUACUAGUGGUGGAGCAGUUGCCAGAGAGUUCGUUGGUGGGUUUGAUCACGUUUGAUGCGAUGGUGAGAGUCCACGAUCUUGGGUUCUCUGAGUGCUCGAGAGUUAUUCUGUUCAAUGGCGAACGGGAACUUUCUCCGGAGCAGACCCAGAAAUUUCUUGGCAUUCACAAAAAGCAGCAGCAGCUUGGAAAGACGUUAGCUAUUCAGAAGCAGAGUUUCUUAUUGCCUCUGUCUGAGUGUGAGUUCAACAUCACCACGGCAAUUGAGGAUAUUAGUUUCUCUGCACAUAUCAUACCCGGCCAUCGGCCUAAGAGAUCCACGGGUGCUGCAAUAUCAGCUGCAGUUGGGCUGCUUGAGGGAUGUUUAAUUGGUACAGGCUCCCGGAUCAUGGUUUUCACAUCUGGGCCUGCAACAGUGGGUCCGGGGAUUAUUGUAGACUCCGAUCUUAGUAAUUCCAUAAGAACACAUAGAGAUAUCAUUAAUGGUCAUGUGCCCUACUAUGAAAAAUCUACUAGUUUCUACAAGAGAUUGUCUCGGAGAUUAUGUGAUUUAUCUAUUGUUCUUGAUUUGUUUGCUUGUUCUCUUGAUCAAGUAGGAGCAGCAGAGUUAAAAACCCCAGUUGAGAGUUUGGGUGGGUUCAUGAUGCUAGGGGAAUCUUUUCGGUCUGAUCAAUUUAGAAGAUGUAUGCGAUCUGCAUUUUUUAUACAAUUCGUAACUUGUUAUCGUCAUGGGAAUAUAGGAGUUCGAAAAAGAGUUACAACUGCUGCUAGAAGAUGGGUUGGCAAGCAGUCACCAGAAAUCACUGCUGGGUUUGAUCAAGAAACAGCAGCUUCAGUGAUGGCCAGACUUGCAGUCCACCGAGCAGAGACAUGUUAUGCUCGUGAUGUUAUCAGAUGGCUGGACGACACACUAAUUCAAUUUACAGCAAAGUUUGGAGACUAUGUGCAGGAAGAACCAUCUUCCUUCCGUUUAUCAUCAAACUUCUCCCUCUAUCCACAGUUCAUGUUUUAUUUGAGGAGGUCUCAGUUUAUCGAUGUCUUUAACAGUUCCCCUGAUGAGACUGCAUUCUUCCGAUUGAUGUUGAACUGUGAGGGAGUAGUAAGUUGCAUUAUCAUGAUCCAACCUACACUUAUGGAAUAUUCAUUCGACGGGCCUCCUGUUCCUGUUCUGCUAGAUGUUCGCUCUGUAUCUCCAGAUGUUAUUUUACUCUUUGAUUCUUAUUUCUAUGUGGUUAUACACUAUGGGUCAAAGAUUGCUCAAUGGAGGAAGCUUGGUUAUGAUAAAGACCCCAACCAUGAGACUUUUAGAAAACUGUUGGAAGCACCCGAGGUUGAUGCGCGGCAAUUGGUGGCUGAUCGAGUUCCUAUACCCAAGAUUAUAAAAUGUGACCAGCAUGGUAGUCAAGCAAGGUUUCUUCUUGCCAAGUUGAAUCCAUCAGUCACUCAUAAUUCAACAUACACUGAAGGAUCAGACAUCAUAUUUACUGAUGACUUGAGCCUGGAAGCUUUCCUAGAUGACUUGCAGACGCUGGCUGUGAGGGGCUGAUUAGGUGGACUUUUGCAUAGAGUUUUCUCCCGUUUUGGUGGUCUAAGGAAGUAAAAAUACCAUGUAAAAUUGCUUGAAGAAUCUCCUUUUGUAUUCGAGCUCUUCCAGAACAGAGUUAGGAACUGCUGCUUAUUGUGCUUUCAAUGUGCUUACCUCCAAGUGGAGGCAUUCGAAGUCGGGGGAUUUGUUGGUGGACCGGCUGUGUGUUUCUGCCUUCAUGAAUGUCUUGAUGAAAGAGCAAAAACCUGAUCACUGCUGUGUGGGUGGCUGCUCUGUCAAUGAUGAAAGUACAGACCAUAUACCAAUGUGCUGCGGGUUUGGGGGAUUUUGUGAGUAAAGAGCUGGAGUUAUCGAUGGUGGUUUUGCAGUCAUGAUUUGGGUUUUGUUGAUGCGAAGAGAAACUAACUUUGUGAGACAAGUAAGUGACUUUUAGGCCUAUUUUGAUACCAAGAAAAUAAAGGGAAUUAUAUAGAACAUGACGUUUCGAGGGAGAGAUGGACGUAAUGCAAGUGAAACACAGAGAAGGCAGAGGGAAGGAGGAAAA